AAUACAUACAACUGUUUUAACAGGAAAAUUAUAUGGCAGCACUGGAAAACUUCGCGAUAACUAUGGCGAUAACCAUCUGGGAGCCACUCACAUUGCUGUUUGUCAUUAUCACAAAAAAUAUAAAUAAAGUAAAAUGAAGAAAGUUUUGGUAACAGGUGGGUCAGGACUAGUGGGUAAUGCCAUCAAAACCGUGAUCAAUGGAGAAUCUUCCGAAGAUGAAUGGAUUUUUGUGGCUUCCAAAGAUGCUGACUUGACGGACAACAACUCCACCAGGGCCUUAUUUGACCGAAUAAAGCCAACCCAUGUCGUUCAUUUGGCAGCGAUGGUUGGCGGCCUCUUUCAUAACAUGAACAAUAACUUGGAUUUUCUGCGGAAAAAUAUGCAAAUAAAUGACAACGUACUACAAACGGCAUACGAGCACGGAUGCAUUAAAGUAAUUUCUUGUCUCUCCACAUGCAUUUUUCCAGACAAGACUAGCUACCCGAUUGACGAGACUAUGGUUCACGACGGUGCGCCUCAUCCUUCCAACUAUGGGUAUUCAUAUGCUAAGAGACUUAUUGAUGUGCUAAAUCAUGCGUAUCACGACAAACAUGGUUGUCUUUUUACGUCUAUAAUUCCUUGCAAUAUCUUCGGUCCUCAUGAUAACUAUAGACCUGAGGUCAGCCAUGUCAUCCCAGGCAUGAUUAAUCGUAUGUAUCAACUGAUAUAUGAAGAAAAAAGUCUGCCAGAUAACGAAAAAGUGUUUGUUGUUUACGGAAGCGGGAAACCACUGCGCCAAUUCAUUUAUUCCUUGGACCUAGCUAAGUUAAUUAUGUGGGUUUUGGAUAAUUACGACAGCGUUGACCCACUAAUUCUAAGUGUAGACGAAGAAAAUGAAGUCACUAUUUUUGAAGUUGCCAAAGCCGUUGCGAAAGCUUUUGACUUUAAGGGGAAACUAAUUUGUGAUACGAGUAAAGCCGAUGGUCAAUAUAAGAAAACGGCCUCAAAUAAAAAGUUGCGCAGUUUGUUACCAAACUUCAAAUUCAGUGCUUUUGAAGAUGCCAUUGAUGCAUCUGUAAAAUGGUAUAUUAAAAAUGUAGACAAUGCGAGAAAGUAAUUUUAAUGCAUUUGUAUUGUACAGCCCGAUUCACUUGAAUUUGUACACAAUUUUUCCUCAAGAUCAAAGCUUAUAUCUGGACUUUUGGACAACAGGGAAGUUUAUUUUUGAUCUCAUUUUGGAGAAUGAUGAAUUUCGAUGAUAAGUGGAGUAAAAGAUGACAAUUCCUUGAGUACGUUGCAUUUUAUUCCAGUUUUUCUCAAACUACCCGAAAAUGAUGCUUAUUAUUUUGAUUCACCUGAAUUGGUACCUUUUUAAGAAUUUAAAGGAUAAUUAGAACUAUAACAGGGCAAGAAUAGGCGAACCAGGGAACUUUCAACUGAAAAAAAUGUAUAAAGGGUCACGCUUCCAGAACUUUGCAGGCGAUCUGUGGGGGAAAAACUGAAGAAAAUGCAAAUGUUUUUGACAACUGAAGCCGGCUCAUAGAAUUGCAUGCAAAAAGCCUGAUAAGGAUCCAGAAUACAAAAGCUAGACGGCAAAAAAAAUGUCCUUCACGAGGUCAGCAACUUAUUUUCGAGAUAGAGGACCAAAAUGAAAGAAAAACGUUGUUGUUGAUGACAUCACAAGAGAACUACGGAUUACUCUAUACACUUGUGUUCAGAAAAUGUCAAAAAAGGGAAUCAAUUUCACUAUACAAAGUAAAGAAUUACGACUGGAAAUUUGUACAACUCGCAUGCCGGAAGGACAACUAGAAAAUACUGGUUUUCUCCGGCAAAAAGUUAAAAUUUGAUGGCUUCCACGGAUUUAAUAAUAAUGGUAACGAUUUUUGAAAGGACGAACGAUGUUUGUUUCCCCUUCAUGAUCAAGAAGAGAGUAUGGCGUUCUGAACCGCGAUAUCGUAGUCUACAGCAGUUCAGAUAAUAGGCCUGUUCGAGGCACGUAAUAAAAUUACAUCCGCACUGAUAAAAAUAUGCAACAGUGUUGCAACUGGCCAACUGGUAAAACGAUGCCCGAUUGGUGAUUGGAACUCGUACAAGACCAACAUUUCAAGUUUCCACAAUUACGAAUAAUCCAUGCAAAAAAAGUGUUAAGGACAUUUUUUUAACAUUUGUCGCAUAUUUUCGCACCUCUUUCUUGAUUAUGCUAGCAAAAGUACGCACCGAUUCGCAAUACAGGAGCUGUAAAAACGAGGAUAACGAAGCAGAGUCAUAAUUUUUCCAUCGUUCGUCCUAUUCACAGGACCUAAACUUGAUGGAAAAUAUUUAGAAUGGGUUUUUUGCAAAGUUGGCGUCUCAGACAAUGCAUGUGACGUUUGGCAGUUAUUCCUUAACUUUUCAAAGCGCCUCUACAAUUGUCUUCCGGAUAGGGGUUUUUUCCAUACAUUGGAAUUAAGGAUGUAGUAUCUAAUACUACAAGUGCUUUAUAGUAGAAUUAAAAUGAAUGGUACGCUUUUAUUGGUUCAAUCUAAUCCUUUCCUUGUGUUAAAACCACUGUGCCUAUUCAAGUGAAUCAACAUAAUAAGCAUACAUUUCGUGUAGUUUGAUAAAACUUGGAAUAAAUUCCAAAGUAAUAGAGGUGUUUUCUUCAUUUCCAUCGCUUUUCUUUAAAAUUGAUCAAUCUUCCAUAUGAGGCCAAAAAGAAACUUCUCCGAUACUCACAAGUCCACAUAUAAGCAUAUUUAUUUGUUUGUUACGAGAUACAUUUUAUAUGAACAUAUCUACAUAUGUAUGACCAUUUGCAAACUACUACUUCUAAUAAUAUAUUUUUUUGAGAAAAGACACAUCUAAAACCUUCCCGCAAAAUAUACUUUGAAAGCCAA